UCGACAACGACAAACCCUUGUUCUUACGACCAUUACUCCGACCUUUGCUUAUUGAAAUUGCGCAUCUCACAUCUUUCUUUAUCCUGCCUCCAGUCUACAAUAUGGAGUUUGGCAACAGGGGUGUCUUAAACGAGGAUGGAAUCCACGUGGACAUGGAGAGACUAAAGAAGGGCGAGGUCAACCUCGGAACAUCGAUCAUGGCUGUGACAUUCAAGGAUGGUGUCAUUCUCGGUGCUGACUCGAGAACUACUACCGGAGCAUACAUCGCGAACCGAGUUACAGACAAAUUGACCCAAGUCCAUGACACUAUCUGGUGCUGCCGAUCUGGUUCGGCCGCCGACACACAAGCCGUGGCUGAUAUAGUCCAAUAUCAGCUUGGUCUGUUCGCGAUGCGAAACGGCAAACCGCCUACUACCCAGACGGCCGCGGCCAUCUUCCAAGAGAUCUGCUAUUCGAACAAGGACCGGCUAAGCGCGGGUCUCAUUAUCGCGGGUUGGGAUGAGCGACACGGCGGUCAGGUCUACUCUAUUCCUCUCGGAGGUUCUCUACACAAGCAAUCCUAUGCGAUCGGCGGUUCCGGUUCGACUUACAUCUACGGUUACUGUGAUGCGCACUGGAAAGAGGGAAUGGAGGAGCAGGACGCUGUCAACUUCGUCAAGGGUGCGCUGGGCGAGGCGAUUAAGUGGGAUGGCAGCUCAGGAGGAGUUAUUCGCAUGGUUGUCUUGACGAAGAAAGGGGCAGAUAGACACCUGUACUUGCCUGACGAGAAAUAUGAGGUCCGGCAUUAAUAGACCUCAUUAGACAUGGAAGCAUAGGCGAGACCCAAUAGCGCUUUGAGGGUUGAGCAUGUCUCUCCAUAUCUGUACAAUAUCACCCGAAUUCACGUGUCGCAGCCACUACAAGCUACGCGGCGAUGAUUUGAUAUGAGGUCAAUAGAAGCUUUGCAAUGGGGUAUAUUAGAUUUCCAAUCUCUUGGGUAAUCAGAUAGCCAAUCUGUGGCAACACCCCCGUGAAUGGACGGAUGGAU